GUUAGGUCGCGUUCGGUCUGCUACAGUUGUUCAUUUCUGUGAACUUGAGAACAUUCUAUGCUGAAUAAUGAUUUGGGAACGAAAGAAAUGAAAGGUGUUGGUUUUGUAUUUUUCUCCCUACAACAUUCGACACUCGACUCGCUAUGCAAUUUUGACUCGUGACUUGAUCGUCUUGUACUUGUUUAUUUGCACGGACAGUGAGGAAAAUCACGAAAGCAACUAAAUCAGUUCCGGUUUUGGAUAGAAUGCGAUGUGCGCUUCAAAAAAAUCAACAAUAAAUACUGAAAACUUUGUAGUUGACGAAAAAACCGUUCCUCUCCCGUGAAUCCUCGAAAAUUUGCUCCAAAGGAAAACAAAUAGCAGAGUACAAUAGCCAUUUUCCUAAUAGGAUUUAUGGAGGAAACCUGUUUAUCGUAGGAUUUUUCGCGUUGGGAAAUAUCUAAAUAUGGUACAAGAUCUGACCUAGGUAACCUUUGAUUUUGGGGGCUUCAAUAGACAGGAAUGCCAAUGAUGCCCUCAGCGCUGGAAGAGGCAGAAGUUAGUAAUGUGUUCACCUCUUUAGUUAAUCCCACUGGGAUCACCAUUGUACCUUGUAGUCCUACUGCAAAGCCUCUUAAGACAAUCACUGAUGUGAAGACCGCCUUACAGCAAGGACGAAAACAGGACUUGAAGUAUAUACUCAGAAACAAUGCCUGGCCAGUGGAUCAUCCAAUACGAAACCAGUUGUGGCCUUUACUCUGUAUGCAACACCAAAAUGAAAAGUCAUCGAAUUCCAUUGAGGGAUUUUACUGGGAGAUGGUCAAACAGGUUUUUGGAACCAUGGAAUUGCCUGACAAACCCAUCAAUCUGCCACCGUUUGUGGAACCCUCUCACUGCCAUUCCUACUACCUAACGCACAAAGGUAGAGCAGCAGUAGACAGAGUAGUUUCUGUGCUUGGAUAUGCGUAUCCAGAUAUUGUGUACAGCCCUACCAUAUAUUCAAUAUGCGCUCUUCUUCUUCACUUCAUUUCAGAGGAAGAAUGUUACAACUGCAUGGUUUGCUUAGUCGUUUGCAAAGAAAAAACCUUCAUCACCCAAACUAAACUCUUAUACGAAGUGACCUGGAAGACUGUGAUGCAGAUCAGUAAAAAACAUGUGGUAGGUGCGCUCAGACGACGAGAAAACUGGAGAAACUCUAUGUUUUGUUUCCUGUUUUGGUUGCAGAAGGGACCGGCUGUCUUUCUGCAACGACACUGCAAUAGUGCCAGGGCAGAAAGAAUUUAUGUCGAUUGGAUAUGGUGGAUAUUUCAGGGGCUGCCAUUUCAACAUCUCAUACGUAUCAUGGAUUGCUUCUUCCAUGAAGGAAUAAAGGUAUUCUACAGGACUGCAAUGGCAAUACUCAUACUAUUCUACAAGAACUCAUCGGCCCCAACCAGCGAAUACCAGGCCGAGAUACAGAAGAACGGGGUGGAGAGCGCCCUGCUCAAAUUUUGCAAGGAGAUGCCGGUGACGCCGCAGAAAUUCCUCAAGGUGGCCUUCGGGAUCAGGGGCUUGAGCUCGGCCUACAUUUCUCGAGUUUUCAUCAGGACGGAGAUGGUGCUAAAAAGUAAGACUGUGAUUAGUGGAUCGAGGCAGCUUGUCAGGUCUAGGUCGAGCGAAAAUCUGCCGAACAGCCAGAGUCAGAAUAACAUACAGAUGGUGUCCCAUACCUUGACAAUCAGGGAGGGAGCUCAUUCUCCAGGUCCACGUACUCUGUCAAUGGGAAUUUUUCCCGUGCAGAAUGUGGAAUCUGUUAUUCUUGCUCAGGAAGAUCUUCUAACACUGUGGUCUUGGCUGCCGGUUCGCAUCACCAUGUACACCCCCAUCCUGCUGUAUACGACAGAGGAACACGGAUGCUCGCUUACCACAUUUUACGUGAGGGUUGAACAGCAUGAGCCCACCCUGCUGCUCAUUAAAACCUGCAACAACGAAGUUUUUGGUGCUUAUUGCUCGUCGAGAUGGUGCGAGAGGAACCAGAAAGAUCAGAGGGGCAACAGGCAAGCCUACUUUGGCACGGGGGAGACCUUCCUGUUCUCCCUCUAUCCCGAACGUGCCAAAUACCCAUGGGUCGGUAUCGAUGCCGACAGGGUCGAACACGGGGCAGAACUUUUCAUGGCUGCCGACACUAAAAUGAUAACGAUAGGCGGAGGAGAGGGACAGGCAAUCUGGAUGGACGAGAACAUCAGAUUCGGUAAGACGGAUCGUUGCACGACCUUCAACAAUCCACCGCUAUGUCCCAAAGGAGACUUCGAAAUACGAGUAUUGGAAGUUUAUGGAUUCGCCACUGAACAAUGAAAACAUACAUCGUUUUAUUCAACUUUUUGUGUAUUUUAUGUUAUUCCCACCUGUCUUGAAAUGUACCUGGAUUUGUAAUUUGACAUUUUCAUUCCAGUGAUAGACGAAUUUCCAGAGAUUUAAUUUUGACGGUUGGUAGGUCUUGUAAUGUUAUUCCAUUUGUUAUGGAGUUUAGAGCAGCUAUGAUGAGUUGGUGUAGCUGCAAAAGAGGUUUGAUGAUCCUACCUAGGAUUAUCAAGAUUUGAAUGAACAGACUGAAUUUAUCGUUCAUAAAUUUAAAAUACUCGUUUUUUUCAGGAGAGCUGACUCGAACUCGAAAAAUUAUCACUUUUGCGUUUGCUAACAGAGUAUUUCAAGUAAUUUCAGUUGUAUUUGGUAUCUAGUCAAUAUUAUCACAAUGCAAUAAUGUAGUUUUUUCGGAAACACCUAUCAAUCAUUACAAAGGAAACGCUUAAUAUUCACGAGAUAUAUUUGAAGUUUUUCAGUGGCGUGAAACACAAGAUUUUUUGGGAUGUCAAUUGUGACUGCUUGAUCAAGUGUUAUUAUAUUAUAUUCCCAAUGUUAUCUUUUUAUUUAUAUUAUUGAAUUAUUGUCGGUGAUAUGCAUGAACUGUACACCUGUAUUUGUAUUACUGGAAGGUAUUAGCUCUUUGUGAAUAUAUUACUCUUUUUAAAAUCUCUGGAGAAUCGCCUGUUGUGCUUGAGCAAUCAUUGUCAUUAAAAGCGUGAUUAUUCGUGUGUGAAUGACGAAAGUACUAGAUUUCUAGUCGUAGUAGUGUAUUAUUAUUGUUAGUUGUUAUAAAUGUGUAUAAAAUCAAACUAGUGCAAUAUUUUAUUUAUUGUAUUCAAUUACAAACAUGUAUAUAUUAGUUAACGGUUAUUGUUAAUUUUAUUUCAUAUAUUUUAACUGAACUACUUAAGUGAAACAAUGUGCCACAAUGUAGUUUAUCAAAUUUACGAUCAUUGACCUGUUCCACAGUUAGUUCUUUGUGACUAGAAUAUCCAUUUUGAUUUAUUGUCAAAUUUUUAAUUUUAAGUUGACCUGUGACUAAUUCUUAUCGAACUUUUUUAUUCUAUUUUUUAUAAUUGAACGUCGUUAGAUGUGUUCUCAUCAAUUUCAUUGAAAUAUUAUGACUUGGUGUUGAAAUUUUAGAACAUAUCAUGUCAUAUUCAUUUCAAGAACAAUUAUUCCCAAAAUAUUUAGCUUUGAGCUUAUUGCUUGUAAAUGUAUUUCCUGAUGUUUUUCAUGUUAAAAUGAAAUAGAUCGUUUACUAUA